GUCUUUAUAUAUCCGCCCGACCUCCAUCGUUACGCUUCCCCCGCCCGCUAGCCACGACCGAUCGAUCUCCCGACGGCCUCCUCCUCCUUCUCCUUCUCCUCCUCCUGCUCCUUCUUCACGGUUUCUUCAGCCCUUCUGCGUUCCUCCUACGGUCCUGGACCGCCCCUCCUCCGCGGCUUAGCUUCUCGUAGGAGUUUCCUUUGCUUUAAUCCGCCGCCGCCGCCGCCGCGCGUUUCGGAUAGCGAUGGCCGCUUCGCCGAGGGCAGCGAUGCUGUACUACGCCGGGUGCGAGGAUCGCCACUGCGAGCCCUACUUCCUCCAGUCCUGCUUCCUCUGCAACAAGCCUCUCGGGUUCAACUCCGACAUCUUCAUGUACAGGGGUGACACGGCGUUCUGCAGCAAAGAGUGCAGGCAAGAGCAGAUAGAGAUGGACGAGGCGAAGGAGAAGAGCUGGAAGAGGUCGCCAUCGUCUUCCUCCUCCUCCUCCUCCUCCUCCUCCUCCACCUCGAGGGCUUCCCGGAAGUCGGAGUCGUCCAAGGGCGGCAAGGCCGUGCGGACCGGUACGGUGACUGUCGCCUGACAUCAUUCCCGACACCCUGCGAAGAUCCCCCCUGGGAAAAUUCCUGGGAAAUCUUUGUAUCUGGAGCCCUUCUUCUUCGAUGUGUGUAAAGAGAUUGGUGGUGGGGGUGGUGGGUCGGAAUCCGAUUGAUUGGUGAGAAGAAAUGGAGCGAGAAGAACAGGGCCGAAAAGAGAGAAAAAAAGGAAGGAAGAACAGAGAGACCUCCCCACCAGGAAAAUUUUGUCUUUUUUGUCUUUUUUUUGUUGCCUCCUCUUUUGUUUUUCUUUGCUGAUUGUCCAUAAGAAAAAAAAGAAAGAUGGAGCACCCCUUUUAUGAGAAUUUCCAAUAAUUUUUAA